AUGCUCCAUACACUUGGGUUACACAUACAGCAAAAUGCUACAUACACUUGGGUUACAAAUACAGCACAAUGCUCCAUACACUUGGGUUACACAUACAGCACAAUGCUACAUACACUUGGGUUACACAUACAGCAAAAUGCUACAUACACUUGGGUUACACAUGCAGCACAAUGCUACAUACACUUGGGUUACACAUGCAGCACAAUGCUACAUACACUUGGGUUACACAUACAGCACAAUGCUCCAUACACUUGGGUUACACAUACAGCACAAUGCUACAUACACUUGGGUUACACAUACAGCACAAUGCUACAUACACUUGGGUUACACAUGCAGCACAAUGCUACAUACACUUGGGUUACACAUACAGCACAAUGCUACAUACACUUGGGUUACACAUACAGCACAAUGCUCCAUACACUUGGGUUACACAUACAGCAAAAUGCUACAUACACUUGGGUUACACAUACAGCACAAUGCUACAUACACUUGGGUUACACAUACAGCAAAAUGCUACAUACACUUGGGUUACACAUACAGCACAAUGCUCCAUACACUUGGGUUACACAUACAGCACAAUGCUACAUACACUUGGGUUACACAUACAGCAAAAUGCUACAUACACUUGGGUUACACAUACAGCACAAUGCUACAUACACUUGGGUUACACAUACAGCACAAUGCUACAUACACUUGGGUUACACAUGCAGCACAAUGCUCCAUACACUUGGGUUACACAUACAGCACAAUGCUACAUACACUUGGGUUACACAUACAGCACAAUGCUACAUACACUUGGGUUACACAUACAGCACAAUGCUACAUACACUUGGGUUACACAUGCAGCACAAUGCUCCAUACACUUGGGUUACACAUACAGCACAAUGCUCCAUACACUUGGGUUACACAUACAGCACAAUGCUCCAUACACUUGGGUUACACAUACAGCAAAAUGCUACAUACACUUGGGUUACACAUGCAGCACAAUGCUCCAUACACUUGGGUUACACAUACAGCACAAUGCUCCAUACACUUGGGUUACACAUACAGCACAAUGCUCCAUACACUUGGGUUACACAUACAGCUCUAAUGUUGAGUGAUUGUAGAGAGAUUUAAUUGUCACAAUUAUAUAGUUUAACUUUUUGCCAAAAUGACCCC